AUGUAUGCGGCCAAAAAACUACGAGGGCCCGUAAUGGUUCUCCGAGAAGAGAUUUCCGAUGUGGAAGAGGUGGAAGAGGACGAGUCGAAUACGAAUGCAAUGUCCCUCGAUGACGAGCCGCGGCCGUUUCUUGCAUGGAUGCCCCGCCGUGACCAUGAUGGUUCCAACCAGAACGAGGAAUUGCACCAUUUCGUUAGGAAGCGUUCGCCUACGCUGGGUUCCAAACGGCGCAGAGGCACCGAUACCGAUGGCGAAGACGAAAUUGAGCCUAUCCAGGGGCUCGUUCGUCGGAGCUUUGGAUUGUGGCGGUCCGGAAACCCGCAGAGCUUUGCAGUGGAACGAAGAAAGGUUGACCCUGCUACCGAUAUUGCAGAGGAACCCUUUUUCCCUAUCCAACAACCCUCGCGGGAGACUUGUUCUCCCGAAGGCUGCCGCCGCCACCCAACACGCCUGUUCGGAAUCAACGAGAACCCCAACGGCCCCAACAAAGUCUUCAACGUCUCGCCAAAGGCCAGCUCGUUGUCACGGAUAGAACCAACUUCCAUUGUCAUCUCGCGCCUGCAGCCGACAUAUUUGGGUCCUCAGCGUAGUCACGUUCAUGUGACCCAAACCCAUGAUGAUGAUGCAUCGACCACCACGCAGCCUUCCAUCGUGGAGGAGGCGACUUGGACCAAAGCAAGACCAUGGAAGCGCCCAGAGUCACAAGAUCUGCCGCCUCAAACUGUGACGAACACUCGUCGGUCCAAGUCGAUUGUCAGCGUCCCGCUUGGGACACCUGACCUUACCGUGGCUCAUGAUAUUGAAUGGCGUGACGAUUUCGACGAAGAGGAGCGUCAAGUUGAGCUUGCUCUCAAUACGUUGACGGACCACUACUCAGAGGACGAUGGCGAAUUGGCAUCCGGCCAGCGCUUUGCGUCCAACUCAUACCUUCAUCUACUAAGCAUCAAAUAA